CUAUUUUGAAGGUCACAAGGUCGAAUACGGAGCCGCUCGUCCUCUCUUCGUCCUGUUCAAUAGACUCUCUAGUCCGGUCCAGUCUCUUGUCAGAGCGGCUGAAAUUCAUAGCAAAGCCAUGGCCAAGUACAAGAUUGUUAUGGUCAGACACGGAGAGAGCGAGUGGAACCAAAAGAAUCUCUUCUGCGGCUGGUUCGACGCCGAUUUGAGUGAAAAGGGAAGGAACGAAGCUGCCGCUGCUGGCAAGGCUCUGAAAGACGCCGGCUAUCAAUUCGAUUUGGCGCACACCUCCCUGCUGACUCGAGCCCACAAAACCCUGGCUGCCAUCCUCGGCGAAAUCGGACAAGCGGACCUGCCCACCGAGAAGACCUGGAGGCUGAACGAGAGGCACUACGGUGGUCUGACCGGUUUGAACAAAGCCGAGACGGCCGCCAAGUACGGCGAGGAGCAGGUGCAGAUCUGGCGUCGCAGUUUCGACACUCCGCCGCCACCAAUGGAGGCUGACCACGCUUACUACGACACCAUCGUGAACGACCCGCGCUACGCCAACGGGCCGUCCAAAGACGAGUUCCCCAAAUUCGAGUCUCUCAAGCUGACCAUCGCCCGCACGCUGCCCUACUGGAAUGAUGUGAUCAUUCCCCAGCUGAAGGAGGGCAAGAGAGUGCUCAUCGCUGCGCAUGGAAACAGCCUGCGAGGCAUCGUCAAACAUCUUGAUGGUAUGUCUGAUGAAGCGAUCAUGGCUCUCAACCUGCCGACUGGAAUUCCAUUCGUUUAUGAGCUGGACGAAAACUUUAAGCCCGUCGUCUCCAUGCAGUUCCUGGGAGACGAGGAAACUGUACGCAAGGCCAUCGAAGCUGUUGCUGCCCAGGGCAAGGCUAAGUGAGCAUUUUUCUGUUUUGGAAAUUAUGCAAAAAUUUCCUAUUGAAAUUAUUUAUUGAGUUUUAUCUCUAUCGUGACUCGAAAUUUUAUUGAAGCUAAAGCUUGUCUGUUGAUUGUCCCCAAAGUCACUUAGGUGCUGCUGUUGAAUAAAACAAUGUGCUGUAGUAAUUGGCAAUAAAAUCCUCUGCAGUCUCAAA